AUUUUCUUAUUUGGGCUAGCCAUGUGGAAUGGAGACGAAAGAGGACGCCUUUAAUGGGCGCCCAUUAGGAUGAGUGCCUCCACAUCGAAACCCUAAGCCUCCUCGUCGUGCUCGUUCCAGUACGAGCCGAUUCCCCCUGCUUCGUCGCGAUCUCCCAUGGCCCCGGCGAAGCUGGAGGGCUGCGACCGGCCGAAGGAGGAGGGGGCUAGGGUCUGCAUCAACGACGCCCUCACCGACGACGAGCUCCGGGCGGUGCUCAGGCAGCUGGAGAAGGAGGAGGAACGGGACCUGUUCGGGCUCGUAUGCAAGCGCUGGCUCCGCCUUCAGAGCACCGAACGCCGCCGCCUCCGGGCCCGGGCCGGCCCCGCCAUGCUCCGCCGGAUGGCUGACCGGUUCCCGGGACUCGUGGAGCUCGACCUCUCCCAGUCCGCCUCGAGAUCGUUCUACCCUGGAGUUACCGACUCGGAUCUCGCUGUCAUCGCUGCUGGAUUCCGGAAUUUGCGCGUUCUCGAUCUUCAGAACUGUAAAGGUGUUACUGAUGUCGGGAUGACUACUCUGGGAAAUGGCCUCCCGUCCCUUCAGUCCCUUGAUGUUUCCCAGUGUAAAAAAGUUACCGACAAAGGAUUGGUGGCUGUCGCCUCGGGUUGUUCUUAUUUAAAAAGGUUGCAUGUAACUGGAUCCAAAUCUAUAACAGAUGAAUUAUUAAAAUCUCUGUCUAAGAGCUGUCCUUGCCUAGAAGAUCUAGGAUUGGCAGGAUGCAACAACAUAACCGACAUUGGUCUCUCAACUCUUGCUGAUGGUUGUCGACAUAUUAAGUCUUUAGAUGUUAGUAAAUGCACUAAAAUCAGUGAUGUCGGAGUCUCAAGAGUUGCUGAGGUUGCACCAUCAUCAUUGAAGGUUCUCAAGAUGUUGGACUGUUUCAGAGUUGGUGAUAAAUCCAUAUUUUCAUUGGCUCACUUCUGCCAUAACCUUGAGACUGUCGUAGUUGGUGGAUGCCGUGAUGUUUCAGAUGAAUCCAUAAAAUCUCUGUCACUUGUUUGUUGCCACAGCUUAAGGAGUUUUAGGAUGGACUGGUGUUUAAACAUCACUGACUCGUCCUUGAAAUGCAUGCUGUCAAACUGUAGACAUCUUGUGGCUCUUGACAUCGGUUGCUGUGACAAGAUUACAGAUUCAGCUUUCCAUUCGCUGGAAAUGGGAGGAUUUGAGUCCCAACUGAAAGUUCUAAAGAUGAGUAACUGCUUGAAGAUCACAAUUUCUGGUGUGGGUUCCAUAUUGCAGUUCUGCAAGUAUCUGGAGUACCUUGACCUGCGUUCGUGCCCUCAUAUUACAAGGCUGGGUUGCCAGCAAGCUGGUUUGCAGUUUCCUGAAUGCUGUAGAACAAAUUUUGAUGGCAGCUUAGGUGAAAGUGAAGGUAUGGUUGAUUUCUUCUUCUGAAACAUAGACCACGACAAUGUGACAACACUUAACGACAGGUGCUUAUGGGCAAGUUCUAGUGCGUGAACGCACCUUUCGUUUAAAGUCUUCACCAAAGUUAUUGUGUCUAAAGUAUGUCUGUAUCUUGAGCUUAGGACUUGGAGGUGUCUCAAUGCAGCUUUGUGUUCAUAUAGCCACACAUAUUUGGCUGUAAAGUCUCAAAUGGUUUUCAUUUAGAAACCAGAACUUGUAGAUUGUUUCUGUAAAUGGGGAGUUCCAUGUAAAAGACUCUUGGUGAUUGAAUAAAUUAUUUUCUUCUGUA